CUCCGCCCGUACCAUCCACUAGGGUUCCACGCGCUCCCCGGCUUCUCCGAGGCAAGGCUCCAGAUCCUUCCCAGUUCCCACCGCCCGGUCCGAGACGCACCAACGACACCACAUCCGUUCCCUUCCGCGGCUCCUCUCGCCGUCGCCGCCGGCUCCGUCCAGAUCCAGGUUUUUCGGUUUUUACCGGGAGGUCUGUGGUGGAAGGGUGCCCUUGGUGGACUUGGUGACCAUGGUGAAGGGCGCCCUUGGUGUGAUGUUGUUGACUGUUUUAGUGGAAGUUCCAAGUUGGUGAUGCAUUUGAGUACUUGACUCAUGACGGCUUACCAUUUGUGGCAACCCUUUGCGUAGAAUACGAGAAGUGGAGUUGAAGCGCGACUAUGCAUUCAUUGUAUGUGAAUUUUACCUCCCUCAGUUCAAUUCUGGAACAAUUUAUAUAAUGUUAACAUACUUCUCAUUUCUUGGGAAAUAUAUUGUUUAGAUUAAUUCUUGGGAAUAUAUAUAUAUAUAUAUAUAUAUUUACAAUACAUGGCAUCUUUGUGUCUUGCUCUGUCUUGCCAAAUUGUGAAACAGGAAUUCAGUGAUCCUCGCGAUGCUGAUGAUGCACGAUACAACCUAGAUGGCAGGAAUGUUGAUGGGAGCCGCAUUAUUGUUGAGUUUGCUAAAGGGGUUCCAUGUGGACCAGGUGGCUCACGUGAAUACAUGGGAAGAGGCCCUCCCCCAGGAACAGGUGGUUGUUUCAACUGUGGAAUCGAUGGUCACUGGGCGAGAGACUGUAAGGCUGGUGACUGGAAAAAUAAAUGCUACCGAUGUGGAGAAAGGGGCCAUAUAGAAAGAAAUUGCCAGAACAGCCCUAGGAGUAUCAGGCGUGAGAGAAGCUACUCACGGUCCCUGUCUCCACGCCGUGGCAGGGGCCGCAGUCGGAGCUACAGCAGAAGCCGGAGCCGGAGCUAUAGUCGCUCAAGAUCCCUAUCUGGAUCUCCUAGGGGAGGUCAACAUGACCGUGGUGAGAGGAGAUCAAGGAGCCUUAGCUACAGCAGGAGCCCCAUGCAAUCUGCCUCCCCACCUGCAAAGGAGCGCAGCCCUACACCUGACGGAAGCAGGAGCCCAAGGAGUCCCAGUCCCCAGGGUCAGGUGAGCCCACCGCCAAAGGAUAAUGGUGAGGGCAAUGGCUCAGACCGUGGUGAUAGCCCUGGAGGGGUGGAGAAAGAGAACAGCAGGAGCAGAAGCCGGAGCCCAUCAGGCAACCGCAGCCCUGCGGCCAACGGGCGGAGCCCAAGCCCUAGGGAUGACCCUAGCCCAAGCCCUAAGGGUGACCGUAGUCCAAGUCCUAAGGGCAAUGGUAACAACAACGAUGAUGAUGACCGCCAGGCUUCACCAACAGGAAGCAAGUCCCCCUGAAAACCUCAUUAUGCGAAGCACUACAAAUCCUAGUUUGUAGUGCUUCGCAUAAUGAGCAGACUUUGUGGUAGCAGUUAUAUUAUGAGUUGUAAAGACAUGACAAGUAUAUUUUGCUCCUCUUUGGAAGGAAGACUCUUGUGUAAGGAUUUGUUGCCCACCGGCUGUAGUUUAUAUAUAUCGGAGAUGAUUGAACUCUUUAUUA